CGGCUCUGACGACUCUGGCGAGGAGUUUCUUUACACGGUUACGAACAUCAGCUUUAUAACGUGAUAGUAACCGUCUCCGGCCAUAUCUCAGAAUCUCGGGUCACUGCGCUUGAGACUGUAAGGCUCUGCAACUCAUCCAAAGCAUAGAUUACGAUCCCAUUCCAAGUUGGAAACCAUAGAAUUGAUGAAUCCGUCUCCGUCUCCACCUCCGACUUCGACUCCGACUCCGUCCAUGGAUUCUAACCAACUCAUCGACUCGCUCACUUCGCACAUCGCUCUGUACCACUCAUCAAUCCCAUCAACGUCUUCGUCUUCUUAUGUGACCCACCCUAGAACUUUAAUUCUCCGUUGGUUUUCAUCACUCACAGUCCAGCAACGUCAAUCAUCCCUUACAAUUGUAGAUGCGAAGUUCGCCGAAAUCAUCCUCCAAAUGCAGAAAAAGAUCCGGAGAUACGGUCAUGGCUGCUUCAUCAUCCUUCCUGACCUCGCUUCUGGCGACUGCCCUGGUCUUCCAAGCCUCUGUUUUCGAAGGUCGACAGGUCUAUUGGCCAGGACCAUCGCUUCUAAUGACUCGGAACAGUCGAUUUCUCGUGCGGUUCGCAUGUUCGGUUCUCAAGAAGGGGAAAGAAUUGAAGAAUGUUCUGUAAUCGAUUCAAUAACUUUUUCUGAAGAUUUUGUAUCGAAUGUGGAUCAGUUCUUCGGUGUGAUGGAUAGCAUUUCGAAUGGGCAGUUUCUAAGAGGUGACGAGAAUGCUUUGGGCGUGGCUUGGGAGGAAUUGCCGUGGUUGAAGGCAAAGGGUUAUUAUAGCAUAGAGGCGUUUUUGGCAAACAAGUUGGAAGUUGCAUUGAGGUUGUCGUGGCUGAAUUCUAAUGUCGGGAAGAAGCGAGGAAUGAAGGCAAAAGAGAAAGAGAAGACGAAUGUUGCAGGUGUUGCGGCAAAUGUCUACUUUAGGAAGAUGGGUUGCUUGGACUGGUGGGUAGGGGUGGAUACUGGGGUGAGGAAGAAGAUAUUACAAGUAGUUUUAGGCAAAGCGGCCAACUAUCUGACAAAAGUUAUUCUAAAGGGGUCAAAAAACAACUUGGAGGAUGACAUAUGGCUAUCUGGUGAAAAAGUAACAGUGAGAUACAAUGAUAGUGCAUCACGUCAAAAAACCGUCCUUCCAAACUUCAGAAUGGAUGCUGAAUUUUGCUUGGCUGUCCUCCCAGCUCCAAUUUCAGGAAAAUGUACUCCCUUCACCAACGUUUUCAAUGGCUUGCUUGUGCUUCGGGAGAUGUCCGCUAUGAUAUUAGAAUGUAAACAUAAUGAGUAUGAAAAAGAUAAGCUAUUUUUCAGUACAUUGGGUUCUGUCCACUCAAUUUCAGACUGUAUACUGAGGAAAGUACGAGACUUGCUUAUGGGUAUUUCAAGUGAUUGUAUAAAGCUGGAACUUCUUGGAGAGGAGAAUAUGAAGUCCCAGAUGAAUAAAUCUGAACAGAAGCCUGGGGUGGGUAAUCGAAGAGGGAAGGGUAGGGUUCGUAAUCAGAAAAGACAAAAUCUUGGUGGAAAGUCAUCUAAAGCUUCUUUUGCAAUUGAGAAAUCUGCUGAGGUUUGCUUCCAGGUUCAUGGGCAUGGGUUGGCCCAUCAAGAACAGGCUAAGUCUGAUGGAAUGACUAGUAGGCUUCAGGCUAAGGAUCUCCACAAGGACACCUCAUUUUCAAGAGUUGAGAUGGAACAUGCCAAAGAAUUUGAUGGAAAGGCCCAAACUGUUGGGAAGAAAAAGAAGAAAGAAAGCAGUAGGAGCAGGAGCAAAAACUCUACCUUAAAAGAACCAGAAACAAGUGUUUCUGAAGUAAAAAUCCAACAAGUUACCCCCCAACAUGCUGCUUUCCAAAGUGAGGCUGCAGAAUCUCAGAGGUUAGCUGAUGCUUCAACCAUCCAGACCCUACCAAACAAUAUUCCUGCGGGUGCUGACAGCCUGGCUCCAAAUCCAAGCUUUUGUAGUUCUACUAAUAAACCUGAUGUAAAUAACGAAGAUGAAGUGGCCCAUGGCACUCAAGAAUGUUCUGUAGUUGGUUCUGCUGAAGAUAGUUCUCAUAUUGGUAUGGAGUGUUUUCCACUCCCAAAUGGAGCAGUUGGAGCUCCCAUCACGUCUGGAGGAGAGACUUCUAGUUGUAAGUUUGGUUUGGACAUAGCUCCUCAUGCUUUGCCUGGUCUGGGGCUUGAUAAUGUUCUUAAAAGUGAGGAGGUCAAACAUCAAACAUCUGGGAAUUUAAGCGAUAUUGUUAUUUCUGAAGCAUUAACAGAAUCAAUAAUUUCAAAAGAAGAAACCAGCCUUCUUCACAGGCAAGAUGGUGGAAACUAUUGCAGUCAUGGCUUCACAAGUUCCUCAGGUUGCAGAUCAUAUGAGUGGCCUAGUUUAACACCUGUUAAUUUUCCAGCUCUCAACUCACAGCAUCUACCUGCUGCCACUGAUAGAUUGCAUCUAGAUGUCGACCAUAACUGGCGUAAUAAUUUCCAUCAGUCCUACGUGUCCACGAGACAUCAAGCAAGAAAUCCAUUGAUUGAAGGUGGUUGCAGCAGGAUCAUGUCUCGGACUUCAGCAAUGAGCUUAGAUUGGCCCCCAGUGGUACGAAGUGCCAGCAGAUUGACUCCGUCAAUGACUUCUAACUAUGAUACUGGAUUUAUCCCAAGGAUGCAUUCUCCUUAUCAGCAGAGUUUUCCAGCUCAUGGGCUGCAGAUAAAUGGAACAAGGACUGAAGAUGAAAGGAAGUAUUCAGGGGAUGUUAUGGACUCAUGUGCACCAGAACUAGUGGAUGAUUCCGAUAGCCAUUGGAUUUCAGAAGAAGAAUUUGAGGUGCAUGCAUUUUCUGGAAGAGAUUAUAAUCAGUACUUUGGUGGAGGAGUCAUGUACUGGAAUACUUCAGAUCAUGCAGGCACAAGUUUCUCUCGUCCACCUUCUCUUAGUUCUGAUGAUAGCUCCUGGGCUUGGCAUGAAGCAGAUAUGAAUAGAACUAUUGAUGAUAUGGUUGGCUUUUCUUCUUCUUACAGUACAAGUGGUUUAACUUCUCCACCUGCCUCUCCUUUUCGUUCUCCUUUCGAUCCUUUGGGAUCGCUUGGCUAUGUUAUUCCAGGAAAUGAUGUAUCAGGCAAGGUACUGCACUCUUCAGCAAUGACCGAUGGAGUUCCAGAAGAGAAUGCAUCUGGAUCUUUGAACAAUUCAUCUGGUGGGGUUGUCGAAGGGCAGAAAGGAGAUUCACUUUCAUACCCAAUUUUGCGACCGAUUAUCAUUCCAAAUAUGUCGAGGAAGGGAUCAAGAUCUGAAUUUAAGCUAAGUCAUGAUCUUAAAAGUCCAUGUGUUCCUCGUACUAGGCAGGAUCAACCUCGGGUGAAGAGACCACCAUCACCUGUAGUACUUUGUGUUCCUCGUGCUCCACGCCCUCCUCCGCCCUCUCCUGUUGGCGAAUCUAGAAAACAAAGGGGUUUUCCAACUGUUAGGUCUGGUAGCUCUAGCCCUAGGCAUUGGGGUAUUAGAAGUUGGUAUCAUGAUGGAACUAACUAUGAAGAACCUCGGAUUUGUCUAGAUGGUGCUGAAGUUAUUUGGCCUUCAUGGAGAAAUAAAAGCCUUUCAGCUACUUCUUUGAGUCAGCCUCUUCCUGGGGCUUUACUGCAAGAUCGCUUAAUUGCCAUCUCCCAGCUAGCUCUCGAUCAGGAACAUCCAGAUGUUGCAUUUCCUCUGCAACCUCCUGAGUUAUCGAAUUGUCCCACUCGCAAAGUAUCUCUCUCUUUGAUGCACAAUCUUCUUCAUGAUGAAAUCGAUUCCUUCUGCAAGCAGGUUGCUGCUCAGAACUUGACUAGGAAACCCUACAUUAAUUGGGCUGUCAAGAGAGUUGCACGGUCUCUCCAGGUCCUAUGGCCCCGGUCCAGGACAAACAUCUUUGGUUCAUACACAACCGGUUUAUCCCUCCCAACCAGUGACGUGGAUCUUGUGGUCUGUCUCCCUCCUGUGAGGAAUUUGGAACCCAUAAAAGAAGCUGGGAUUCUAGAGGGUCGUAAUGGAAUUAAAGAAACUUGCCUUCAGCAUGCAGCUAGGUACCUUGCCAAUCAGGAGUGGGUUAAGAAUGACUCUCUUAAGACUGUAGAAAAUACAGCUAUACCUAUAAUCAUGCUUGUGGCUGAAGUUCCUCAUGAUCUUGUUGCUUCUACUGCAAGUACUUCCAAGGUGCAAGCACCAAAAGUUGAAUCAACCCAACUGCCCACUGAACAGGGGGGUAUCGUUGAUCCUGAUAUGGUUGGUUUAGACAAAUCUUCUUGGCCAAAGUGCUCGCAGAUGAAAAAUGAUAUUGUUGCGGAUAUGAAAUCAGUUCGUCUUGAUAUCAGUUUCAAGUCACCUUCUCAUACGGGACUCCAAACUACAGAACUGUUUAUGAAUUCUCAUUGGCAGGUCAGAGAGCUCACUGAGCAAUUUCCUGCAGCUACACCGCUCGCUUUGGUACUGAAGCAGUUCUUGGCAGAUCGUAGCCUAGACCAUUCCUACUCAGGUGGUUUAAGUUCAUAUUGUUUGGUGUUGCUGAUUAUAAGGUUCCUUCAGCAUGAGCACCAUCUGGGUCGGCCUAUUAACCAAAACCUUGGAAGCCUUUUGAUGGAUUUUCUUUACUUCUUUGGGAAUCUUUUUGAUCCACGGCAAAUGCGUAUUUCUAUCCAAGGAAAUGGGGUUUAUGUUAACAGGGAAAGAGGACAUAGCAUUGAUCCAAUUCACAUCGAUGAUCCCCUUUUCCCAACAAAUAAUGUAGGGAGGAAUUGCUUUCGCAUACAUCAAUGUAUCAAGGCAUUUGCAGAUGCUUAUUCUACCCUGGAGAAUGAGCUUACAUCUCUCCCAAAUAAUGGUGAUCCAAGUGCAAGGCCAUCGUAUAAAUUACUUCCAAAAAUUGUCCCAAGUAUUCAUCAUGUGUAGGGAGUUUUGAUCAGCUCAAAGAAAUCUAAUCUGACGAACAGUGGCAAGCUUUCCGCCAACAAAUCUGACAUGUGGCUUUACUUGCCCAAUGACCCAUUGGCUGUGAAAGACAGAGGUGUAAGCGCAGAACCCUAAUCACUAUGAAGCCAGGACUUCGUCAAAGUCAGGUUUUGGGUCGAUUUUUCGGGUUCUGAAUGGAACAAAACAUGACUUAUCGUGUGUCUAAAGGGAUUCCCUUCUGGACCAGAAGCAGCAGGUUCCUUGGUCUAAAGAUGGAAUGGGAAAAUGGAUGUUGAGCUAUGGAUGAAGUGUAGAUAUGACUGAACAUGUUGGCUGAAUUUUUGUAAUGGACUGGGGACUGCAUUGCCUGGAGACAUGGCAUAAGUCCCAGUAUCUGUGCAGCUAGAUCCCAUUGCUGUCAAGGGAAGAAAUGAGCAUGAGCCUGUUGCAACACACACUUUUUCUCUUUUGAGCUUGGUAACGAGAGCCCAACCUUAACGGAGCUAUCCUCUUGGACAUUUCCUCAUACCAGGAGCCGGAUUUGGAAAUUACAGUUCCAGCAUGUCCUCUUAGUAAUGUGCUGAUGACAUGAUCAAAAUGCCUUAACUCAUUAUGAUAUUGAUUGAAUGUAUUAUGACCCCCCAGACCCCACAAUGGCGGGAGGAUCAUGCAUUGGGUACGCCCUUUUUAUGACGCCCCCAUGGUUGCGCCAGAGAAGUAUACCUUACCAGUGAUGCUAGUUAUAUACAUGUGCCAAAAAGACUACUGCACUCUUUAACAUUCUCCCUUACACUAGAAAGGAAAAAAUGUAUAUAUUGGUCAGUGUAUUGGCAUAAUAUCACAUACCAUUACUAAACCAUAAAUAGCAGGGUGGCUUGGUAUCUCCAAAGAAAACCUGAAAGCCCAAAAUAAACUCUCAUGCCCAGGAUUGUAUAGGAAAAAAGAAUGUAGAUGUAGAUCAUACUGUAUAUUUAACUGAUGGUAUUCAGGUUUUGAGAAUUCUUAUGUGUGCUUGAAUUUCAUUUGAUGAAAGUUUCUAACUGCCAA